CAAAUGUUUAUCAGCUUUUCAAGUGUUUUGUCAUAAAAAUCAAGUUUUAAUUGAAAUUAAAUUACAAUUAAAUCCAUAAAUAAAUUGCAAUUAAUUUAUACUCAAAGCCAUUAUCACUGAAAACAUGUCUUUCUUGCGAUUUGUGGCCAAAAGUGGCUGUAGUCCACUGAUUACCAGACAAUUAUCACUGCAAUCGAUGGCGUGUCUCACGAGGAGUUCAUCACCAAAACUGUUGGCCACCAACGCCUGCAUUCACACCACGAAUACCAACAACGGAUCACUGGAUGGCCGCCAACCCCUACUCCAGCGACAACUUCUUCAGCAGUUGUCCACUCGAUUGCUGUCCUCCUCAGCAUCGGGUGCGGCCGCACAGGGAAGUCAUAACCACUCGAAACUCUGGUCACUGGAGCGGUACGUGUCGUUGGGGCUGUUGGGUGUCAUACCGGCGGCGCUGGCAGUGCCCAACCCGGCCCUCGACUACCUGUUGGCCCUAUCGCUGGUCAUUCACGUCCACUGGGGUCUGGAGGCCAUUGUCGUCGACUACAUCCGGCCCUCUAUUUUCGGGUCAGUCGUUGCGAAGUUGAUGGUCGCCUACGUAUACAUGCUGUCCAUCGCAGCACUGGCCGGCCUUUUCUACUUCAACUACACGGACGUGGGCUUAGGUGUGGCCAUCAGAAUGGCCGCUAAAAUAUGAGAUAAUGUCAGACCACCGAUGAAUGUAUUAAUAAACGAUUGAUUGUAAUGGAAAUUAUUUUUAGGUUUAGAUUUUAG